AUGGAAGAUCUCAGCUCCUUGUCCAACUCUCUCAGAGAGAUACUUUCCGCCCCUGCCCAGGACCAGGAAAGUCUCGGCAAGGUUCUCAAGAAAUACCUUGACACGGAUGAUACCAAUGUCCAACAAGUGGUAUGCGAAGUCAUACUUGAGGUCUUGCACGAAGGAAACGCCCAGACCCAAAAACAGCGACGAACAUUAUUGCUGGAAGAUCAUGCUCUGGAUUACACUGCAUCGAUAUUACAAGUGACACACUCCUCUCCGGAAAUUGUCAUGCCCCUCAUCCAGCUCAUAGCCAUCUACGGCAAGCCGCGCGAAGUGCUCAUGGCAUUCUCUGAGGCGCUUCAAUACGUGGUCGACCGGGCCGAGGGAUUUGAAGUCAGCGACGGCGAAGAGACGGACGAAGAGGAGAGCAAUGUCAACUAUGACGAGCUCUGGGUGGAGUGGCAGAUGCUGAUCAUGGGCCUUACUAUCGCUAUCCCUCGAUUGCCCAAUACGAGGAGUACCCCGACCCUCUUAUCCCUUCAAGAGUUACUCUCCUCGUCCAUUUUCUCGUUGGGAGCGCAUGCUCCUUCCAUUUGGCCCCGCACGGCCAUCCUUGUCCUAUGUCGUCUGACCGACACCCUCUGGCGAUGGGUGCAAACCACGACUGACAAGAACGGUGAACAGGCUUCGAUCCUUUCUAACAUUCUGUUUGAAGCCCUCGCCAUUCUCGGCCCCAAGGCGGAUGCAGAGUUGACAGAACGCUGGUUCUUGAAGACGUUUCCAAAAUACAGUCAAGGCCCUCAGGUAUCCACGGUAUCACAAGAUCCUGCAAUGGACCGAGAGACUCCUCAGGGGUGGCAACAAGCGGCUAUGGUAUUCAAUCAGGCAUUGCGCGUGGUCGAAAUCCUCAAUCCCAAUAAACCUUUGUCUGAUCGGGUGUUCUUCUCUUCUAGUCGCUCAACAUAUGGCACAUUUGCAGCUUUCAAUUUGCUUGCAUCAACCAUUCCAGACGGCAAACUCAAUGGCCUCUUGCCGGACCCGUUACCCUCAACGACUCUUGAGGAUUUGAUGCCAGUCCUGUGUGCUGCUCUGAGUGGUACCAGCGUCGAUGCUGGAAUUGUGUGGCUUUGGUGGAUUGUCAAUGAAUCCCAGAAUGGGAAGAAGGGUGCUCUGAAUGUCGGAUACGAAGAAGUAACAAUGUUGCUAGAGCUGCUCGUCCCUCUGACUGCUCAACAUGCAAGCCCGACCGUGCGCCUGGCGCUCUUCAAGCUUGUGGGCACUCUCGUGUCUUUGCAGGAAGGACGUGAUAAAGUGCUUGCUUUGCGACAGCUUUUGGAACCAGAGAACCCCUUCGAGUCGGUCAGAGUGGAGUCUCUCUCCAUCCUGCGUCAAGAGACCUCAAAUAGUCCUGAGAUCCUCAACACCGACUUCCUUGCCCAACUGAACCCCAUCUUGUUCCCGGCCCCUGUCCCUAACGACAAGACCUGCCCCUUCUCCCUUCAACCCGAAGAUCUCCUGCGGAAUACCUUUUACGCCUCUUGGUGGACUGAAGUCGCUCAAUACGUCUGGUUCCUCUCUACCCGCGACAAAGAGAACGCCACUGGGAUUCGCAGUGUGUACAAGGACAUUGUAACCCGCUGGUUGAGCAAUACCAGGCGUCAGUUGAACAAAGUGGAAGAGUAUGUCAAGGGGUUGGACGAGGCUACGAUCGCAGAGGUGACCGGAGGACAAGGAGCAGACUUCCUGUUGGCCAAAUGGUCAGAUGCUUUAGAUCGGGCCACCUCAUCUGUGUCAUUAUAG